AUGUCUCAAAAUUCUGUUCUUAACCCUGAUCGAGAAUUACUAGUGAUUGGAAUCAUCUAUACCGUACUCUCGGCUAUAGUGUUCCCAGUCUAUGUACUAAUAAUUCAUGCUCUUCAUUCAAGACACGAUCUUCGCGAGAAUAUAUCUUACAAACUGAUAAAUCUGCUCAACUAUUGCGAUGUGUCUCAAGCCUUCUGCCAUUUACUAACUGGAAUUUUUCUGAUUUUUCCGGUGUUCAUUUCAAAAGUCGAUUUCUUUGUUAGAGUAAGUUUAAAGGUGGAGGGACAUGAAAAAAUAAUGUUCUCGAUAUUCCGUUCAAAGAUGCCUCUCGAGGAGUUGAACUUGUGA